GAGGAUUUAAAGAUUGUUUGGCUGGUCAGUUGUUUGCUGUUCAUGAAGUGUUUUUCCCUAGGCCAGCUACUACUAUUUGUAUCAUCCCGUUUAUCCUUCGACAAAAGUUUUGUUUGUCGUCGUUUAUUGGUGAUGGAUAAUGGAUAACUGGAAUUUUUAUACUAUGUAGACUUCCCCAGCUAGUAAAGUCCGCAGACUCCAAUAUCCGAACUAGUCUAAACCAAUUUGAUUUCUUGGUUGUGAAUUAAAAGUUCCUAGUUCCUUGUUGCAGAAACUGACUGGAAAGGCAAGAGAAAACUUCGGACUUAUAUCGGGGUUCACGAAUCAAUUUUUGGAGGCUGCCGCAGUGCCUGCAAUGUCUUCUCGGAUUUUGAAAUUCUAUUACAAUGGAUUAGCCAGUGGAAUUUUGUGAAAGUGAAUGAUUUGACUCAGGCGAAGUAUUGACUCCAUCUCAGACAUCUCAAACCCACCUCAUCAAUUGUGGACAUCACCCGUAGCUAUAUUUAUAUGAUAAACAUUUCAUUUCGUCUGACAGUUAUAAGAAUUUCCGAAAGAAAUCUGAUUACUUUAUUGUUCAGAAUGUAUCACAUCACUAAGAUCUCUUCAUUUACUGAUAUCAUUUAUAUAAUAUUCAGUCUUUCUGUACUAUUGUCAAAGUAUGUAAAGUGGCCGACACAUUCAGUUACAUCAUCAUAUUACAUCUAAUUAGGUCGAAACAUUAUAUAUAUUACAUCUAAAUAUGUUUAGAUUUUAGCUCAGCGUAUUUGUACUAUUGUUUUAUAACAGUUGGAGAUAUUUGUCGUCUGCUGGUGACAACUGGACCAGUUGCUCAAAUCAAGCCGCAGUUGUUCUGAAGACAUUUUUAAAGCUUGUUGAAAUCAAAUUGGUGCUGAAGAUUUUAUUUCGAAUUCGAUCAUGAGAAUGGGCUUGGGUGCUAUGUUUGAGCGGCUCAAACAACAUAUCUAUUCAAAACCAUCCAAUAGUGUUUCAAAUUCGCAGAGCAUCUCUGAAAAUUUUACAAGCUAUGAACCCACUUUGUUUUUCAAUAUGGGUUGCGGUGAUGAAGAGUCUUACGUUGAUGUUGAAUACAUUUCUGUUCAACAGUUUGUCCGUGUUAGUGGAGUGAACUUCAACAUGCAUUGUAUUGAUUUCCUCGUCCGAUUGUGUUGUUACUUAGGUUUGCGACCUGGGGAUUACACCUUUUUAGUCCCAUCAGAGAGUCUUUCUGGAGUCUCACCCAUUUGUUGGCGUUGUGUUCCUCCUAGUAGUAAGCUUGGUUCAUGGGUUAAUUCUAACACAACGCUCACGAAGUUUCCACCUAUGGUUCGGCUGAUUGCAAAGUGUUGUCUCAAGAGGUCUGCUAAGCUAUACCAGUAUCCAUUUCUGGACACGGAGUUCAAACACCCAAUUAUACCUACGAAAACUGGAAGGGAAUUUUUGGCCGAUCUUGGUUAUCGAAUUAUUGUGCAUUUACCAGAAAAUCGUAAGAUUGUAGUUCGUGGGCAACUGGACCAACCUAUUAUGAAUGUUCUUCAAGAAGUUAGUUCGGAACGUCAUCUCCAGCUAAGUGAUUAUUGCAUUAUAAAUCCGAAGACAGGAACUAUCCUGGACCCACUAGAUACCUUCACAAACCAACAUGCUGAUCAAAUUGAACUAAAAGAAUUAAAUUAUGCCAAACUGGAUCAGAACUUUCCGAAAGUAACUGGAAAUUCUAAAGCAACUUCGUCUACAGUCAGCUUACCAGGAACAGUUUCAACAGAUCAUUAUUCGGAACAAGAUAAGCAAUCAUUUACAAUGUCUUCUGAUGCGUCUAACGAAUAUGCAAAAUCAAAUAUUCAACCUAAUAAUAAUAAGACCAUCAAACGUAAACAUAAAAAACGACCAGCUCCGGGUAUACCUACGAAACACUUAUUAAUUGAUGAGCAUAUAUCACCUUUUUCAUUUGAACCUGAUAAAGUUAAAAUGCCAUCUACUUUUCCAAGGAAAAAAAGUGUUACUAAAAUUGGCAAAAACAAACGUAAUUCAAUUGUAGAUGCCAAAUCGAGUAGUAGAACUGCAACACGUAAAUCUCAAUCACAAGAAUUAAUUAUUAAAAGUUCAGCUAACACUUCAUUUAAGCGAUCAUCUACCCAAAAAUGUAAAUCCUCUACGCCUACUCCUGUAAAGUCUAAUUCGAAAAAGUCUACUACACUUGGUAGUAGUUAUCGUCCUCCAACACCUCCAUCGUUACCUUCGGAUUUUUUGAAAUCAGUCAAUGGCAAUCAAAGUAAUCCGCUUGAUAAGAAGUGUCAUAAAUCUGAAUUGGAUUUGUCAAAAGCACCAAAAUGGGAUCAAGAGAAAAAUGUUGGCAAACCAGAAUUAAAGAAAAGUACCUCUCAUCCGAGAUUGUGCAAUUCAUCUUCUUCGCUAACCUCUCCACAUGCAUUUUCGUCUCCUUCUGAUAUGACUAAUGGAAAUGUAUGUACAAAAAACCAGAUGUCUGCAAAUGCUAAAACCUUAAUUAAUUACCGAAAAAAAGCAUCAUUACCAGGGGAACCAUCAUCAGCAUAUUCGAGGUCAGCGUCCCUUGUUUAUCCAAAUAGCGUAACAACCCCUAAUAUGGAUAUAAUUACUGAAUUGUCGAAUGCUUUUCAGUGUUUAAAAAGAUUCAGUCAUACAGACGAUAAUACUGACUGUCCGAAACCGGUCGCUGUCCAAGAAGUGUGCAAAGUAUUACGACAAAAUUCACAGGAUAUGACAACACUUGCUGACAAUAAACAGAAAAUUAACUAUCCAGUCGAAUCAGAAGUUACUUAUGUAUCAGCAGAGGAAAAGUGGAAUAAAUGGCAUCCUAAAAAAUCUGUUUCUACAACUUUCUGGUCGCGUAAUUCUUGAACGACAUGUUUUUUCAAUUAAAUUUUAUGGUUUUGAAAAAAUGUUUAAGGUCUUUCACGCCAAUCUCUAAACAUAAAAUACAUUUUCUAAAAAUCUACCAAAUAUAUUUAUUUCGUCUUUACUUCUUUCUCAAUCUCUCUGUGCCCCCUGCCCUCUUCGUGAACCUGAAUCAUGCAUCAGACAGAAGAUUUAAUGCAUAAUCUUUUAUUUCUAUAGAAUGAAUGAUAAUAGAUACAACUUGUAGGUAGGUCAUUUGAUGAACAAUCUAUGCAAUGCGUACUGAUUAACUUUUACUUUCAAUGUAUUUAUUCUACUUUAUUAUUAUUGUUAUUAUUAUCAUUAUUAUUACCACUAAUUUUGUUGCUAUUGUGCUGGAUAGUUGUCGCAGUUUCCCCCGUAUCAUCUAAUGCUUAUUUAUGUACCAUCGAAUGAUAAACUUAUCAUCUCCAAUGUUUUAUUGUUUUUUUUCCUUAUUACACCUGUCUUCUUUUCUCAGUGAACAACACAUAUCAUGUUGACGAUGGUAGAUAUCUUGAUUUUGAGAUAUUUAACGAAAUGUUUUCCUUUCUUUUUUUUUUAAAGGUAUGUAUUAUGUUUGUUUAUCUAUGUAACUUGGAUUUAUUUUUAGUCAAGUAAUAAUCAUAUGACGUCUUGUGGAAA